AGAUUUGCCUGUCUCCCAUCGAAUGGCUGCUUAUAUCUUGCAAAACUUGGCAUCUGACUCCCCUUAAACGAUGACCGACUAUCGAGGUCUUGCUUCACUGAUGAGUGACUACAGUGAUGUUGCAGUUUUCCGACGUUUUAGGAAGUUGAACUUGCAAAGCCUGCUACACAUGCAAGCCGAGCUUCUACAUAUUGAGCAGGAAUUGCAAGAAAUUGCAAAUGAAGAUAACGAGUCCGGCGACCCUGUUAGGCGGUCAUAUCAAACCAAUUGGAAAGCAAUGGAAGACAGUGCCCAUUCAGGCGGCGACUCCCUGCAAAGGACAAAGUGGUUAGAAGCCAGAGAAAAACUAGAAAAAUAUAAUGCUUUUUUGCUGACACAGGCCCAACUCAAUGCUCUCUCAUCCCCCGAAGAACACAACAUCGAAGUACUUCGGGAAUGGCUGAAGCGACCGGCUUAUGGGAACGGAUUUCUACAAGGUUUCGAGAAACGAACUUGGGAGACCGAGCGUGUUGAUAUGGUAGCACUACAGAAAGAAGCCGAGGACUACGAUCCCUUCACCCGCUGGCUCUUCCGUGUGAUACCCGGCUACUUCCAUAAUCGAUGGGCUCAUCGGUGGAAAAGCCCUGUGCAGGGUAGGGAAGGCAUGGAAGAUCUCUUUGAAUACAAGAACUCUACCCUGGUGAGAUUUACCACAUCAGUCACUACUUUCUUGUCAGCCGUGUUUCCGGUCCUCUCCAUUUUCGUUCUCUACGACGUCGAAAACAUGCCAAUACGGCUGGGAUUAAUUGUGCUAUUUACGUCUUUAUUUGCUUUGGCUCUACUCUUCGUGUCAAAUGCCCGCCGGGUUGAAAUCUUUAUGGCUACCUCAGCGUUCGCAGCGGUGCAAGUCGUGUUUGUUGGCAGCACAAAUUCGGCUUGAAAUACUUUCUAUAUACAGAGUUCACUUAUAUCACUAAAUAGAUACUGUGACAUGGAGAUGUAUGUUUCAUUUAUGCCACGGCGUUUGACCCUUUGUAUGAACUUUAAUCCAGUCAUGAGAGAGCUCAGGGACUGGAGUGUUCAAUGACCACGAAGAUCUCAACCCCUUGUGCUGGCUUGGCAAGCUAUCAAUUCUCCUUGUACCUUGUCUCUAUGCCGGAAAAGCUUUUCAAGAGUUAGUUUGAGCGUCGGCACCGACGAAGGGAGCUUGAGGCCCUUGCUUACCUCUCAUCGUCAAAAGAUUCCCCUUGAAUUGGAAGACGUCAUACUUGUUGAUGAACCCAAUGCCCAAUAUCAUAUCGUAUAUGAAAUCUUUUAUAACGAUGAAUUCUUCUCUGUGCCAUCUUUCAGAUUUGGUGCAGCGGAAAUCAACCUUCACCUUUUGAUGGGGGGUGAU